AUGGCUUAUACUGUUGCUGUUGGCAAGGCAGCCAAUGCUCAUGAAACUGAGCCCAGAAGAAAUGUUUCUAACGCGAAGGCACCAGUUGUGCGUCCGCCAGGUUACAGUUGUGAUACUGUUUAUGAAUUUGCUAUGGAAGCAUUCGGGAAAGGUGGAGAUCGCCCAGGUAUGGCUUGGAGAGAAUUAUUGGAUGUGCAUGAGGAGACUAAGAUGGUGACCAAAAGAAUUGAUGGGAAGGAGCAACAAGUGGAAAAGAAAUGGCAGUAUUUUGAACUGAGUGAAUACCGUCAUAACAGUUAUCGUGAACUUUCACAGAUCAUGCAUGACUUGGGUCGUGGUUUGGUUGAGAUCGGUGUUGAACCUGGUCAACAGGAAAAACUGCAUAUUUAUGCUUCUACUUCUCACAAGUGGAUGAAGAUGUUUUUGGGGGCACAAUCACAAAAUAUACCCGUUGUGACCGCUUAUGAUACUUUGGGGGAGAGCGGGCUGCUUCAUUCCGUGGUGCAAACGGAGACCAGUGUCAUGUUCACGGAUAAUCACCUGUUGCAGUCUUUGAUUAGACCUUUGCAAAAGACCCCAAAGAUGAAAUACAUCAUUUACAAUGAGCCAAUUUCGGAGCAGGAUCGUAGACAUAAUGGCCAAAUUUACCAGGAGGCUUACAAUGCGCUGAACAAGAUCAAGGAAGUAAGGCCUGAUAUUCAGUUUUACAGUUUUGACGACAUCUUGAAAUUAGGUCGCGAAGCACGCGAUAAGGUUCCUUUGAAUCAUCCAAAGGCUGAUGACGUUUCGUGUAUCAUGUACACUUCGGGUUCCACUGGUGAUCCCAAGGGUGUCGUGCUGACUCACGCUAACAUCGUCGCUGGUGUUGGUGGUGUCUCAGACUGUGUUGGUAAUAUUAUCGGUCAGAAAGAUAGGAUCAUCGCCUUCUUGCCAUUGGCGCACAUCUUUGAGCUUGCGUUCGAGCUGAUAUCCUUCUACUGGGGUGGUGUGCUUGGUUAUGCAACUGUGAAGACUUUGACUAGUAACUCGGUGCGUAAUUGUCAAGGUGAUUUGCAAGAAUUCAAGCCUACCGUCAUGGUUGGUGUCGCAGCCGUUUGGGAAACUGUGAGGAAGGGUAUCCUAGCGCAAAUCGCUAAGCUCCCCACCAUGUCUCAGAAGAUCUUUUGGACUGCGUACCACGCCAAGAUUAAGAUGAAACGUUUCCAUAUUCCAGGUGGUGACAGUCUUGGUAACUUAGUCUUCAAGAAGAUUAAGCAAGCGACCGGUGGUGACUUGCGGUUUACUUUGAAUGGUGGUUCGCCAAUCAGUGUUGACGCCCAGGAAUUCAUCACUAACUUGAUUUGCCCCAUGUUGAUCGGUUACGGUUUAACUGAAACUGUGGCCAAUACUUGUGUCUUGCAACCUAACCGUUUCGAACUUGGCGUCGCUGGUGAUCUAACCGGUGCUGUCACUGUGAAACUGGUCGACGUUGACGAGUUGGGAUACCUGGCCAAGAACAACCAGGGUGAGAUUUGGAUCAAGGGUGCCUCUGUCAUGGUCGAGUACUAUAAGAACAAGGAAGAAACUGAAAAGGUCAUGACCAAGGACGGUUGGUUCAUGACUGGUGAUAUUGGUGAGUGGACCGCUAAUGGUCAUUUGAAAGUUAUUGACAGAAAAAAGAACUUGGUCAAGACUCAGAACGGUGAAUACAUUGCUUUGGAGAAAUUGGAGUCCGUUUACAGAUCCAACCCCUACGUGCAAAAUAUAUGUGUCUACGCUGAUCAAUCAAAAGUCAAACCAGUUGGUAUCAUCGUUCCAAACUUGGGCCCAUUGGGAGAGUUGGCCAAAGAAGUCGGUGUUGCGAAGGACGCUGAUGACGUCGAAAACCAUCUCGAUGAUCCUAAAUUACAAAAAGCCUUGCUCGACAGAUUACUCAAGACAGGUAGAUCUCAAGGUCUUGCUGGUAUUGAGUUGUUAGAGGGCGUUGUAUUGUUCCAUGAAGAAUGGACUCCUCAAAACGGUUUCGUCACAUCUGCUCAAAAGUUGAAGAGAAAGGAUAUCCUCAAUGAGGUUAAGGAACAGGUGGACAAGGUUUACGGUAAUUAA